CAUAACAAAUUAAUAAAAGUCCAAAAUUUAACAUAUAGAAAGAAAUAAGUUGAAAUGAAAUUUUGGUAAAUUUUUUCUUAAUAAUAGAAAACAUCUUCAAUUAAAACGCGUUAGCCACUAUUGGUACCAUAAUUCAGCCCUAUAUAUAAAUACUAAGGGAUCACAUUUCAUAACCACUAAAGUGUAGAUUUUUAUUAGCAGAUCAGAAAGCAACAAAACAUGGCUGGUUUUGUUGGGAAGGUAGAGAAAGAAAUAGAAAUAAAGACACCAGCUGAGAAGUUCUAUAAUAUUUUAAAGGGCCAAUGUCACCACAUACCUAAUCUUACUACUGAUAAGAUCCACACCAUUGAUGUUCAUGAAGGUGACUGGGAAACACCUGGCUCUGUCAAGCUCUGGAAGUAUAACAUCGGUGGGAAGGUGGAGACAUUUAAGGAAAAAGUGGAUGUGGAUGAUGAAAACAAGGCUGUAAUUUUUACUGCUGUGGGAGGACAUGUUUUAGACCACUUCAAGAGCUAUAAAGGUACUUUCAAGGUGACCCCAAAAGCUGAUAGUAAUCAAGGUGGUUUAGUGAAGCUUACUCUGGAUUAUGAGAAAAGAGAUGUGAAUGACCAUGAUCCUAUUGACGACUACAUGGACUUUUUGGUCAAACUUGUUGAAGAUAUUGAUACACAACUACCAGCAAAGCUUGAUCUUAUCAUCUGAAAAAUGAAAUAUUAUAAAGUUUCAUGAAGGCCCCUUUAUAUAUAUAUAUAUAUGCUUUGUGUGAAUUAAACAAAAUCUACUCUAAGACUAUUUUAUAUAUGCUUGGUGUGCUGCAAGCUUCAUCUUUGUAUUUUCAAUAAAUAUUCCCUUUGUAUUUUCUCAUGAUCGCGCGGCAAGCUACAUAAUUUGCUGGUUAUUUAAGGGAUCAAGAAACUUGUUCAUCAGUACUACUUGUAGUGUAUUAUGUACAUUUAAUCUUCAUGUGUGGUAAAAGUGUUAUAAAAUAUUAUGUUUGUAAUAUAUUAUAUAACCGGUUGGAAGCUAUAGAACUUAUUUUCUUACA